UUGGAGAUGUUUGUAAAGCACUCGACACUGCCACAGGAGGAGAGGUGGCCAUCAAGAAAAUACAUGUUCAAGGACUGAAGAUGAAGGAACUAAAAGUCAAUGAACUCCUGGUCAUGAAGGUGAACAGGAAUCCCAACCUGGUCAACUGUUUAGACAGCUAUCUUGUGGGUGAGGAACUGUCCCUGGUUAUGGAGUACAUGGAUGGAGGCACUCUGAGCAAUGUCAUCAGCCAGACCUACCUGUCGGAAGAUGAGAUGGCAGCCAUCAGUAGGGAGUGCCUGCAAGGACUGCAAUUUCUUCAUUCAAACCACGUCAUCCACCAAGAUGUGAAGAGCAGAAACAUCCUUCUCAUAACUGACGGUUCUGUCAAGCUGGCUGACUUUGGCCUCUUUGCUCAGCUCAGCCCUGAGCAGGGCAGACGGAGCUCCGUGGCCAGCGCUGCUGGCUGGCUGGCGCCUGAAGUGGUGACAGGUCAACCAUGUGGCCCCAAAGUGGACAUAUGGUCUUUGGGAAUCGUGGGCAUCGAAAUGGUGGAACAAGAAGUUCCUUCCUGGAAUGCAACUCCUGUCUUGCCCCAACUCCUGAUAGCCACAGGAGGAAGACAAAAGCUGAAGCAGCCCAACCUAUUUUCAUCCUGCCUGCGUGACUUCCUGAGCUGCUGCCUGCAGAGAGACGAGGCACGGCGCUGGUCUGCCAAGGAGCUCCUGCAGCAUCCAUUUGUAACAUUUGCUGAGCCUGCGUCCAGCCUGGUGCCGCUGAUUGUUUCAGUGAAGAAGAGGAGGGAGACAAGAACGUGACAAUCACAUCAGGACCAUUUAUUCCUCAACCAGUUUAGAGUAGGAUUGUAGGUUAGGACUAGGAUUAGGAUUAGAAUUAGGAUUAGAUUUAGGAUUAGGAUUAGGAUUAGGAUUCGGGAUAGGAUUAGGGUUAGGGUUAGAGUAGGAUUGUCUAAUAGGACUGCAGAGUAGGAUUGGAAAUGAAUAAAGUUUCUGAAACCACACCUCACCUUGAAGAUUACCUUCCUUCUCACUCUGCAAAUAAGCUCAAAAAUUCCUUCUGAAUUGUCUGUUGUUUCUUAAAGGUGGAAAGUGACACAGUGUCUUUGGCAUGGUGUGAAAGUGGGGAAGGAUGUUCUUCAUUCAUCCUCUCCAGACCACACUGCCUUUGGAAUAUGGCCCACUGGUCUGUUUUUGGCCAGCUUUGGUACUUAUAGUUGAGGCAGAAAGGGCAAUGGCAUUUGAAAGCAAAACCAAAAGAAGAAUGAGGCAGCCCAAACACCCUGUGCAGAUGCAGGCCUUCAGCUGUGACUGGAGAGCAUUGGGGCUCCUGCCAAUUGGAUUUGGAUCCCUAAAUGCAAUAAUCUCUUUGGCUGGAGGAAAGCCUUGCUCAAGUGAGAAAGCAGA